AUGGCCUCAGUACCGUCUUCUUCUCAAAUUCAAAACAAGCCAAACCUUCCUCUGAAAGAAGUUCCUGGCCACUAUGGCUGGCCAUUCUUUGGCGCAAUCAAAGAUCGUUACGACUUUUUUUACAACCAAGGCAGAGACGACUUCUUCAAAACCCGAAUGGCAAAGUACAAAUCCACAGUUUUCCGAACCAACAUGCCUCCCGGUCCCUUCAUUGCCUCAAAUCCAAAGGUCGUCGUAGUUCUGGACGCCGAAAGCUUUCCGAUCCUCUUCGACAAUUCAAAAGUCGAAAAGCGUAACAUAUUUGAUGGCACCUACAUGCCUUCCACUAACUUCACCGGCGGCUAUCGCAUUUGCUCAUUUCUAGACCCAUCGGAAGCCAAACACACUUCUCUCAAAAACUUCUUCUUGUCUCUACUCUCUGCUAACCACAAGAACGUUAUCCCACUUUUCCAAACUCACUUCUCCGACCUCUUUGUCAAGGCCGAAGCUCAACUGGCCAAAGAUGACACAUCAGACUUCAACUCACUCAAUGACCAAACAUCCCUCAACUUCAUCUUUGAGUUGUUCUGCGGCCAAAACCCUUCAAGCACAGCAUUGGGAUCCAAAGCCGCAACCCUUGUCACACUCUGGCUCUUACCCCAGCUCACUCCUCAGAUAACACUGGGACUGCCCAAGUUGCUGAACGUUCUAGAAGAUCUCUUGCUGCACACGUUUCCAUUUCCCGCCCUUCUUGUCAAACCAGCUUAUAACAAGGUCUACAAGGCUUUCUAUGAGUCUGCAACCAAGGCUUUGGAAGAGGCUGAGAGUACUUUUGGGAUAUCAAAAGACGAAGCUUGCCACAACCUGAUCUUCAUGGUGUGCUUCAAUGCUUACGGGGGCAUGAAGCUCUUGUUCCCUAUUUUGCUGAAGUGGGUUUGUUUAGCAGGAGAAGAUCUCCACCGCAAGCUCCGAGAGGAAAUAAGGGCCGCUGUUAAAGAUGCCGGAGGUAAGGUUACUCUUGCUGCCCUAGAUAAGAUGACAUUGACCAAGUCGGUGGUUUAUGAAUCUCUGAGGAUUGAUCCAGCGGUCCCGUUCCAGUAUGGGAAGGCCAAGGAGGAUCUGGUAAUCAACAGUCACGAUGCCGCUUUUCAGAUAAAGAAGGGAGAAGUGAUCUUUGGAUAUCAGACCAUUGCUACUAGAGAUCCAAAGAUUUUCGACAAGCCUGAGGAGUUUGUGGGAAAUAGGUUUGUUGGGGACGGAGAGAAGCUAUUGAAGUACGUGUGGUGGUCCAACGGCCCCGAGACGGAGAACCCAACGGCGGCGAAUAAGAUUUGCGCGGGGAAGGACCUGGUUGUGUUGAUGAACAGGAUAAUGUUGGUCGAGUUCUUCCUCCGUUAUGACACUUUCACUGCCGAUAUUGGCACCUUUUUGUUGGGACCAAAAGUAACGUUUAAAACCUUGACCAAGGCUUCAUCAUGA